UACUUAGGGAGAUUCGUCAUCUGGAAAGGAUGGUGCUGCAGCAGCAGCAGAUCAACAGCCAUCAGAUGCGAGCGACAUACAGGCUGAUCACCAUUCCGUUCUGCUGAGCAUGGUUGCGAAAGAGGCUGGUUGUGCUCCGGAGGAGUUGAUUGAUGUGGAUUUGUAUGUUUACGAUCAUCAACCUGCUGCGUUGGGUGGUGUCUACGAGGAAUUCAUAAGCAGUCAACGUUUGGACAACUUGGUUGGCACGUUCAGCGUGAUUCGCGCGUUGAUCGAGAGUGUAUCGGAGCAGCACGGAGUGGCUGAGUUGUCGGCAGAUCCGAAUAUUCGUUUUGUGGCGUGCUAUGACAACGAAGAGUGCGGCAGUGAGUCGGCGCAAGGCGCAAAAACUCACUUUACCGAAUGGGUGCUGAGACGAUUAUGUGCUUGUGGUGGUGGUGGUGGCGAGUCGGUGGCUUCUCGAAAUGGUACGGAAUUCGAGGAGGCCAUAGGCAAAUCGUUCAUGAUCAGCGCUGAUCAAGCACACGCGUCACAUCCGAACUACAAGGAGAAGCACGAGGAUCAACACAGACCACGCUUCCACGGAGGUGUUGUCGUCAAGGUGAACACGAACCAGCGUUACGCGACCACCUCACGAACUCAUGCCAUUCUCAAGCAAAUCGCACAUCUGGCCGAAUGUCCACUGCAAAAGUUCGUGGUCAGAAACGAUAUGCCGUGUGGCAGCACAGUGGGGCCGUUCCUGUCGUCGAAUUUGGGUGUGCAAACAAUCGAUGUGGGUUGUGCUAUGCUCGCGAUGCACUCCAUCAGAGAGUUCACGUGCACCUCAAGCAUCGCUCAGGCUGUGAGCCUGUUCACAGCCUUUUAUAAGCAUCUACCUGCGGUGCUCGGCUCGUUGCAAUAG